UAUAAAGCAGGCAGUUUGCUGGAGGGUGAGGAGCUGCUGCAGUGGGAUCGGCUGACGUCACGGCGCUAUCCCAGCAGUCCCGGUGCAGCGCAUGUAUUGCGGAGCCGAGUGGACAAUGUCACUGCUGCGGUGCCAGGCUGAAUGGGAAGAGUUGGAUAAAGAAUUCAAACAGCUGCAGGAAACACACAAAGUAUAUAGACAAAAGCUUGAUGAACUUUCGAGCCUUCAAAUUAUCUGCAGCAACUCGAUAAGUAAACAAAAAAGAAGAAUAAAAGAUCUUGCGUGCAAUCUCCGAAGGUAUAAACAUUCUGCUAAUGUAGAAGAAGCUGAAGUUAUACAGAAAUUUAAUAAUGAUAUCAAAGAGCGACGCAAUGUUUUCUUUGAAAUGGAAGCGUUCUUGCCCAAGAAGAAUGGGCUAUACUUGAACUUGGUGCUUGGAAAUGUGAACGUGACGCUUCUCAGCAAGCAAGCUAAGUUUGCCUACAAAGACGAAUAUGAAAAAUUCAAACUUUAUUUGACCAUCAUCUUGUUACUUGGUGCGAUAUCUUGUAUGUUUCUUCUGAAUAGGGUAAUUGAUGAAAUCUUUAAUUUUCUGCUGGUCUGGUAUUACUGCACAUUAACAAUAAGAGAGAGUGUGCUCAUCAGCAAUGGAUCAAGAAUCAAGGGCUGGUGGGUGUCUCAUCAUUAUGUGUCGACGUUUCUCUCCGGGGUAAUGUUAACAUGGCCUAAUGGGUUAAUGUAUCAGAUGUUUCGCAGCCAAUUUAUAGCAUUUUCCAUUUAUCAAAGUUGUGUACAGUUCCUGCAGUAUUAUUACCAAAGUGGCUGUCUUUAUAGAUUGAGGGCCUUGGGGGAAAGAGAUCACAUGGACCUUACAGUAGAAGGAUUUCAGUCAUGGAUGUGGAGAGGUUUAACUUUUCUUCUUCCGUUUCUUUUCUUUGGUCAUUUUUGGCAAUUAUAUAAUUCGGUAACACUUUUUGGACUUGCACAACAUGAGCGGUGCAAGGAAUGGCAAGUUUUUGUCCUGGCUCUCACAUUCCUGGUGCUCUUCCUUGGGAACUUUCUUACUACUCUUAAAGUUGUCCAUCAAAAAUUUCAGAAAAAUAAAGAUAAACUGAAAAAGCUAUGAAUAUAUGAAAGUUGCUAAAAUAACAUUGAGGAACAUGGCAACAAUAUUCCUAUUUUGUCUGUGCUCUUAUGUGAUGGUCUGAACACUUGCACAUUGAGGUUGGAUUUGCAACUGUUGCACAAAUGUUUAAGAAAUCUGAUGCUAGCUGCAUUCUGAGCUCAAAUUCUUUGAGGAAAUGACAAUGCUAAUUUACUUUGAAUAUCGAUGUACAGAUUUAAAAUUAUUGUCCUUUUAAAUAGUUUGUUGAAGAUUAAUUUCAGUGUUAUUAUUUCACACUACAUUGAGAAAUGUUACCAUUCUUGAUGUGAUUUAUUUUAUCAUGGACCUUUUCUGAAAAUGAUGUUGAUGAGGUGGGUAGGUGACAGAAAAGGAUGUGGACCUGUAGAGUAAAUGUUUCUCCAUGAUCAGUUAUUUGAUUAAAACAGUUAUCAUGUUUUGAUAAGAGAUAUCUGGUUUGUGAAAUUCUGCAAUGUAAAGAUGGGAAAUAAAUUUUGAUAAAAAUUUAGUCUGAACUCACCAACUAAAAAGAUUGUUCUCCAGUUAAAAGUUUAAUACUGCGCCAUUUAAAAUACAAAGCAUAAUAUUCCUAUAAAUUCUGAAUGUGUUGUCUGUUCAGCUCUUGUAGAUGUUAUAUUAAUAUCAAGUGAAUGUGUAUUACAAUAUUUAAUUAUUUAAUUUAAUUGAUAUUGUGUGCAUAAUAUAAAUUUUUAAAAUAAUCAUUCAUUCACCCUUCCUCUUUGUUUAUUGAAUUAUUUGCUUGAAUUUUGAUUUAAAGAUAAUUUUCCCAAUUCCAUGCACGAUCUCUGAUGACCCUCUCAGAUAAAACAACUUACCUUUAAAACCACUGCCACUCUUUUAAUUUAGGUAGUUGCAUUUGCAAAGCAUGACUCAGAAUAACUCUGAUAUUUCAGUCUCACUGCAUUCAGGGGAAGUGCAUGGGAUCCAUUUAAUGCUUAUGCUUGAUGGAACAUCUCCAGGAGAAAAUCCAUUAGGUUGGGAUUGUGCACGAACCUGUGUUGUGCUACUUCAGUGAAAAAGUUGACUUUGUGGAUGAAUUAAGAUUUUCUUCUAAUUGACAACAUUUUGUAAAUAAUGCUGGGCACAUUAAGAUGCCAGUGUGUUCUCAGACUGAGAUAUCUCUUUAUUUAAUCACAAACAACUACAAAUGUUAAUAAAUUGCCCAAUUUUUUUUUUAACUUUGUUAAUACAUUUGCUCUUCUCUUGUACUGGUCUAAGUAUUUUGUAUGUAAACUUCUGUGAUAUACUCUGUAUUUAUAUGUAAUGUUAAGAUCAUUAAAACCCAUUAGUAUAGCUCGCUUAAUGUUCUUGUAAAACAACAAAUGUAAUUCCCUUUUUGCAAAAAGGUGAAGUUUUAUAUUUCAAUCAAGAAUUUGAUUAACUUUGGAGCUUUGACAAGGUUUGUAACAGGUUGAUGAAAAUUUAAUAGACUGUCACGGUGGUUCAUCUAAACCUAAAGAAAACAAAUGUCAGACAACUUGAAUGUAUUUCUUUUGAGUUGAGUUCCAUUUGGUGAAAAGGAAUUUUAUGCUUUUUCCAGUAGCAUUAAAAAUUAUCUACUAUUCACAACAACAGAACCAAAUCUAAUGAGUACAGAAUAUCAGGUUCGAUAUAAAUUUGUUUAUUAUUUGUUUAAAAUUGAUGUGACACUGAUUUAUAUUUCAGGGCAUUUCCAAACUCUCAGCUUAGAAAUGAGCUUAAACACAGUAAAAUCAUGUAGAAACCAAAAAUUAGGGCAUAUCUGUUUGGUGGCCUACUGUGUGACAGCAAGCGUCCAUUAGUCUUUAAAAAUAAAGGCACAUUUACCUUAAUACAUUGAUAAACAGCAAGCAUUGCAGCUAUGCCAUUAUGGCCAAAUGCGAACUGUACUGAGACGGCAGAUAUCGCCAACAAGUGUGAUUUAGCAUUUAUUAAAAUCUCAUUAUUUCUGAUUGCACAUUUAAUUGAUAUCAAAAUCUGGAAUUUUUAAUGUCAGUCUAAUAAUUUAUAAGGUGCUUAAAAGAUUUUCUCAAUAACUCAUAGCUUAUGUGAAAAUCUACUUGUUCUGGAGCAAAGUAUCUGGGCAGAAACUAAAUACUGUUUACAAAAGUCAAUAUAAUUUAUAGAUGAAAAACCUUGUGGAAUAAAUAUUAUGAGCAGCA